GAAGAAGUGUAAACAGAAGUGACCAAGAACAGUUUCCACUUUAGAGUUUUUGUUGUUAUUUAGACGUUUAUUAACAGCGUGGAAAUCUACAUUUGACUAAUUUAACUGCAUAGCAUCACAUACUUACCCCAGGUAGUUUUUAAUUCGCGUUGGGGACAGGACUUGGUUGAUAGAUCUGUUAUUUAGGUGACUAACGUUAGCUAGCUGCUAACGUUAGCUAACAAUGGCUAACUGUAUGGUUUUUCACACUCAAAUCGCCUCCAUUAUGGAGGUGUUAGCGAAUGCAGCCGUGGCAGAGGUCUGCAAACUCGUAGACGACGACUAUGCAGUGUUUCGUUUAGAAAUAACUCAAAGCCAGAAAGAAAACAGGACAUUGAGGAGGAAACUACAGCUACUGGAAAUGAAGGUGGCACGGGAGCGCGCAGAGAGGACAACGCGAGAGCGCGUCCUCGCCAGUCGUCCCAGUAGUGUCAAGAUCCUCGACCGAUACAGAGGAAUGGCAAGAGGUGAAGGACAUCUCACUGGAGGCCACAGGAGCUUUGUGAAGCCAGCGGGACACAAUGCAUGGAGAGAUGACCAGCCAAUCACUGUUGAUGAGGGGAGUGGAACCUCAACCCAGCAUGUUAUCGUGAUAGAGUCUGCAGAUGCAGAGGCUGUAGGUCCUGGGGUCAAGCUGGAGAGGUCUGAAGGAGAGGAGGACCCACGGCACAGCAGAGACAUCCAGACUGGAGCGUCUGGAGUGCCCCCUGUAGCCACAGAGGACCCCACCAUCACCACCGCUGCGCAGCCCAGAACCCGAUACAGCGUCACGGAGGAUGAGGAGGAUCCAGAUGUGCUGCUGGUGAAGGUCGAGGGGUAUGAUGAGGGUCUGGGGAACCCUGAGAGGACCAUGGUCAUGGAGGACAACCAGACUACACCUCCUCCUGAACCCACAGCGGAACUAGCUGAGCAGCACAGGACCACACACAGUCUCACUGAGUCAGUAGACAUGGAGAAUGGGAAGUCUGAUCUGCUGUUGGUCAAAGAGGAGACGAUAGAGGACGGACCAGAGAGCAUUAACCUGCUGAGUGGACUAAAGAUGGGGGAGCAAGGUGGUUGGCUGGAGGCUAACAGAGGAGACUGGCCGACCAUCUUGGAUUCCCAGACCGGUGCAGCCAAGGGCCCAAGGGACAACAUCACUGAGCAGGCCAGGACCAGAGGCGACAUAGUGGAGUCUGCAGUCCAUGAGGACCUGCUGAUAUCCGGUGUCGAGAGAGAUUGGACCUCAGAAGCGGCUGGUCACAAACCCUGGCCCCAGAUCAGAACUCUGGAUCAGGAGCCGUCACUCUUCCUUCCCGAGUCAGAACCAGGACCGAAUCGUGAGGGGCAGACACUCCACCCCCACCACCACUACACAGGGCACAACCAGUGGACAGGGGGACUGAACAACCUCAGUCCUAGUGGUCAUCAGAGAGACAGAGGCUCCAGUCAGGGAUCCAGUCUGCAGCCCAGACCCUUCUCUUCACAGUCUCAGUGCAGAGAUGAAGCAGGGCCUGAGGCUGAUAGAGAUAGACCCUCCUGUUCCUAUGAUACAAACACCAUGAUGAACAGAGCAGGUCACCCUGGGCUUCAGCCUUCACACAGAGUGGUGGGAGACCCCCCUGGUGUGAGUCUAACAGGAAGUCUGUCUUCUCCUUCAGGAUCUUGUUUAAUGCCUGGUGACUGGGUUCAUAGAAAGCCUGGGACUAGCCUUCCUCAGUUACCUCAGGGUUACCCCGCCAAUACAGACAGGGUCAGGAUGGGCGUUCACCAUGAGAGGUACCUAGACUAUAACACAGCACACAAUCCCAACAACACCCAAACAAUGGCUAGAGGUCAAGGAGGGAGCUCAAAGACCAACCACCUGAGGGUGACUCCUGCUUCUACCUCCUCUGGUGUCAUUGGGUCACAACGUGGGAGGCCGAGCGUUAGGACAGACGCUGACAAGCCGUACGCCUGCCCCACGUGUGGGAGGCGCUUUGCUAAGGUGAAAUAUGUCAAGCAGCACCAGACCGUUCACACCAAUGAGAGGCCCUUCAAGUGCAAACUAUGUUACAAGAGCUUCUCCCGCCUGAGUAACCUUAUCAGACAUAGGAGUGUUCACAACGAGGAGAAAUCGUAGCAGUGUGGCUUGAGAUGUACACAGAGAAUAUCUGGGAAAUAUUCUUUGCUGAAAUAUUAAAGUAGGGCCAGGCUGUAUAUCAUAUUUUACCGGUAUUGAUGCAUGGACUGGUUUGGGUUUUUACUUUGUAUAAUGGUGUUUCAAUGUUUGGUUUGAUAAACGUGUUAAGCCACU